GCCGAGAGUGCAGUCAGUGGUAGCUUCCUGAGGGCUAAGUUCAGUGUGUUAAAAACUCUCAGUUCCUGUUCUUAUUUUGGAUUUUUUUCUACUGUUGUGAGGAGAUGUCAGAAUCCGGAGAUGACGUUAGACCCAGGGGUAUUUACAGCAUUGACCGGAUACUAGGAAGGCCAAGAUCUCCUACCAGGGCAGUGGAGGAUCCUGAGGAGAUGCAAGCCGAUGGCGCCGGCGCCGUCAGUGAAAGUGAAAUGGUGGAAGAAAGUAUGGACGAGUCGGAAGACUCCAGGCCAAGGAAGAUCCGGAGGUCCAGGACGACCUUCACGACCUACCAAUUGCACCAAUUGGAGAGGGCCUUCGAGAAGACGCAGUAUCCGGACGUUUUUACUCGGGAAGACCUCGCUUUGAGGCUGGACCUCAGCGAAGCUAGAGUGCAGGUGUGGUUCCAGAACCGUCGAGCAAAAUGGCGCAAGCGCGAGAAGGCCCUGGGCCGUGAGGUCGUACCCUUCCUGCACCACUCUGAAUCGGGUGCACCAAUGCCGGACUUCGGCUUCCAUCAUCAACACCCCGCUGCGAUGGUGCUGCCACCUCACGGUGUAGGUGAACACUUCUGGCCAGGGAUGCCAGCGAUGGCAGGGAUGCCUUUUCCGCAUCCAGUUGCCACUAUCUUCAACCCACUGGGACUGACCUCGAGCCAUCAUCCUGUGCCGCAUAAUUUCCAUGCUUUUCUCAGACAGUACGUGCUUGCCGGACAGCUGCCACAAUUAGACCUUCUGACCGUUCGUGGCGCGAAUGGUGGAGGAAGUGGAAUGCCUUCAGGAGAAGAGCGAUCUUCAAGUUCAAGUCCUGAAACAGCCAGUCCUCCGCAACUGUCGCCCAGCAGCCUUGAAGCUUUAAGGCUGAGUACACAGGAAGUUAUGUUGCCGUCACAAGUAUCGAAAGUUCAUGCGAAAUCAUAAGAUCAGGGGCUAAUGCAAUAGUAGAUUUAAGAUUACCAGUAAGAUAAAUUUGGCUAUUACUGCCUCUAAGUCUAACCGUUUUGAAACACAAGAAAAUAGAAAAAAGUAACGUCAGUAUAGCUCUUUCUACACUAGAUUGAUUUCAAAAGUCAUCAAAAUUGGUUACUGAUCCUACCAAUAUUCUGUUGUUUUAUAUUUCAUGGCAAAAUUACUUCUCCUAACGAGUUCGGAAAGUGGAAGAAACCCUGACCACUCAGACGCGUGAAUCUCUUUCAUUUUUCCCUCGAUUCGUGAAACUUACUUGAUUGUUUUGAUCACUUUCAUCACGCAUAUUUAUGAGUCAUGAUAAAGGCAGUAGUCACAUCUUUAGUCAUAACUUCCAUUUGUAAUUUGGAUUAGGUCCUGUUCAAAGUCAUAAUGGAAAAAAGAAUGUACUGUGCCAAUGUAUUGAUGAUUUCACUGAUCUUAGAUGAUCUGUGUUUCACAAGUGGUGGAGUCAGUAUUACUUGUUUUAGCAUUGAAAUGCGUGUCAUAACUUCCAUGCUGCCAGCGUUUCUUUGAUAAGAACAAUCUUUUUUGAGCAUAAAGAUUGAACCUAUCAUCAAGAUUUCAAAUUUGUAGAAAAUAUUUUCUCUUUACUGGCAUACCUACUGACAUCAUUUUGUUACGUGUGAUCCCAACAAACCUUUUGCAUACAUUUCGAAGCUGAUUGCCUAGUAUUAUUAAUACAACUUUUAGCUUUUAGAUCAAUCCUUAAAUAAAAUGUAAUUCAUAUCCUUUCCUGGUAAGCUCCUCAGCAUUCAAAUUGAUUGUUGCUCAAUAGUUAAUUUGUUGAACAAAUUGUUAUUUUCCUGAAAGGUAUGUUUCCAUACUAGCCCUGUAUCCCGCAACAAGUUGCGCUUCACGUGAAAUAAAAUUGUUGAAAUGGAAACAGCUGUGAUAUGUUGCGGUAAAAGUGCCGGGGACAAAAGUAUGCCAAAAAUACAACAUGUCCCCAGGACUUCUACUCGCUGAACUAUGUUUCCAUUACCACGAUUCUUCCGCGCAACAUGUUGCGUUUCAUCUGCCGACACAUGUUUCGUAAUUUAUUGAAAUGGAAAC